AUGAUUCCUUUGCCACAUAUCCACGGUACACACACAGAGGGCACCUGCUCUCACCCUCUCCUUUUUCCUCACCUUGGCUCGGCUACUCUGCAGAUCACGGAUCGAUACCAACGGGAACCAGUCUUUCUUGAAGAUAAUUAUUGUCACUUCGAUUCUCAAACCGAGAAGUUCUCCAACGCGACCUGA